AUGGUUAGCAGAACAACUGAGCCCCUUGUUGGUAAAAGAUGCUAUAAUCUAUUUCAGUUGGUACAGUUGCUGAAAUUCCAUUCCGAAUUUCGUUAUCUUGACCUACUUCUUUUCUCUAUCGAUUUUCCUUCUGUCUUACAGAGAGCUGGACUCCACCCUUUCAAGAAAAGGCCUGUUUAUUCUGGAGUUAAAGCUCUGCUUAAACCUGAGCCUAUACCUGGGAAAAAACAUGAUUGCAAACCAACUGCCGUAUGCGUUGCCAACGGUGGUUAUUGCAUCCAAAGCAAGAAGAAAGAAGACUGCAAUGGCCUCUUUUUUCCCAAGGAAUGCAAGUCCGCACUAUGUUCCUGCUGUGUGAAAGAUAAAUGUGACAGCAAUCCAUGUGGUCCAAACUCCCACUGCCAGAGCACACCCGGCAGUUACGAAUGCGUCUGCGAUGUUGGGUACGAAAAGUUCAACGGUGAUUGUGUUGAUAAAUGUGACAGCAAUCCGUGUGGUCCAAACUCCCACUGCCAGACCACACCCGGUAAUUACGAAUGCGUCUGCGAUGCUGGGUACGUAAAAGUCAACGGGAAUUGUGUUGAUGUAUGUGACAGCAAUCCAUGUGGUCCAAACUCCCACUGCCAGAGCACACCCGGCAGUUACGAAUGCGUCUGCGAUGCUGGGUACGAAAAAGUCAACGGUGAUUGUGUUGAUGUAUGUGACAGCAAUCCAUGUGGUCCAAACUCCCACUGCCAGAGCACACCCGGCAGUUACGAAUGCGUCUGCGAUGCUGGGUACGAAAAGUUCAAACGGUGA